AGCACUUCCUCUUGGCUACCAAUUAGCUACUUUCACCAAAAUAAAUCAGGUGACUGCUCUAACUGCCUCUAUGUCACUCAAACAUUAUACAAUAUAUAAAGCUUUCAAGUCAUCACAAACCUAUACCACUUCUUUUAUGCUCAAUAAUAUUUUUACAGCUGCUAAUGUUCAUAAUACUAAAGAGAAGAAAGCAAUAAUUUGGCUACAUAUAACAGAGUUAAAUGAGAUUCUAGAAAGUACCAAACAAAGCAAUGAAGAACUCCUACUACCAGUGAACUCUAAUCAACAAGAACAAAAUAAUACUAAAGAUGAUGCACAUAUGGUUUUAGAAGAAACUGAACCUAACCAUUAG